AUGUUUUUCUCGAAACGCCAUAUUUUUCUUUCAAUCGUACUAAAUUGUUUUAAAUUAAAUCAAAGCCUUGUAGAAAUUCCGCUACCGAUUGAAGAAAACGUUAUUUUAACAUCAGAAGCCAUCAUCCGUCAUACAUUUAAUAAUCUUUUCUAUAAUCUCAAACUAAAAAACAUUAAAGAACACACGAAAUUUAAGGAAUAUUUAAUAGAUAAAGACGAAAGAGUAAUCACUCACAUAUCAUACUUUUUGAAAAUACUCAAGAAAUUAAAAGAAACGCACAGUGUUGAUAAAGGAUAUCCUCAUAUAAAUACACAUAUUUUAAAAAUGUUUGUAGAGAACGGAGGAAAAUAUAACAACUCCAAAUUAUAUAAAUUUGACGACAUCGACAUCCUCAAUGAAAAUGAAUUUUGGGAGCCUAGUACACGACGAAUCUAUAAAGGCGAUAGGACUAAAAUUAAACAUUUUCCGUUCAUGGCAUCGAUUCAAAUCUUCAAUAAUUUCCACUGCGCUGGAUCUAUAGUUAAGUCUGACUUAAUCAUUACGGCUUCAUCAUGUUUGCAACUGGCGUGGAAUAACCGAUUAUUUCGUGAAAAUCCUGCUUUUCUGUCAGCUCGUGUUGGGAGCAGUUUCUACAGUGGUGGCGGCGAAGUAAUUCCAGUACUUGAAAUAUAUUUUCAUCCUGAUUAUAAUCCAAAGAAUUUGAGAAACAAUAUUUGUGUGCUGCGACUACUAAGGCAUUUAAACUUCAAAAAGCGAAGUAACAGAAUUAAGAAAAUUGAUUUUGAUAGGCAACCGUCACGUUUACCUGUGACUACACCAGGCAUUGCUAUUCUUGGAUGGGGAGCAAAAGAACACAGCCCCGUUAUUGGCAACCCUUGGAAAAAUAUAUUGUCAUUUGCUGUUCUUGAUAUCUAUCCAUUGGAAGACUGCCAAGAUGUGUAUUCAAGGGAGUACGUCACUAGGAAGAACUUUUGCGCAGGAUUCCUUUCAAGGGGUGGCGGGGCUUGUAAUCAUGACGUCGGUGGUCCUGGUAUAGCAGACGGAAUACUGAUGGGUAUUAUAAGUUUUGGAUCUCCUGUAUGUGGAACUCCCGAUGCUCCAACAGUAUUCACUAAGCUAGGAUACUACAGUGAUUGGGUUGAGGAAAUAAUGGACAUGGAUGUCCCAGUUUCAAAGAAGAGAACAACUCUGAAACCAAUACAUGAUCCAUUAACAGCUCGACCAUUGCAAACAACUAAAAGGCCAACCACGUUCAAAAUACCACCACUUACCGGAGGAGAAAUGAAUCCAGUCCCAAUAUCAUUAAUAGACAACCAACUUAGAAUAUUUGAUGAUAACGUCUUUAAAGAUUUUUUAUCUACUAUAUUUCACAGCGGAGAUGUAUCUGAAAACAGACUUGUCAAAGAUAUUAAAGAUAGCAUAGAACUUGAAUCUACCGUAAAUUAUGGGACAAAAUACAAUGAAGAUUUAACUGAAAAAUCAAAACAGGCAGGAUAUUCAGAAAUUUCAUCAGAAGACAGUGGCACAAAGAAUAAAGUCGUUAAAGACACAUUAUAUAAUGGAAAAAAAAUACCAAUCUCCUAUGAUUUUGAUGAAGAAAUAGAAAAGUUGAUUGAAAAUGUAAAUUUGGGAAAGAAAGAAGAAGUGCAGGGUAUACCAAUGGAUGUUAAAAAUAUUCCUGAAUUUGGAGACUCAAAAAGUGUCAGCGACCGGAUAAAGUCUAAUAAUGAGAGCGUGAUAACUUUAUUGUAUUUAUCAGAUGAUGAAAAAAAAGAUAAUAUUAAAAAUAUAGUAGAUGACGUAUACAAUGAAAAUGAAGGUGUCGGUAAUGGAAUGAGCAUACCUGUAGAUGAAUUUGAAGACUUAACAAGAGCAAAGGGAAAAAGUUACCAGAAAAUGACUAUCUUGGGCUAA